GUCCCGUUCACUUACCCUUGACUGUUGCCAUUGCUGCCGCCUGAGCCACAUAUUGCACCACGCUACCAUCGGAUCUUCAGCUACCCAAGAUAUAUAUAACUCAUCUCUCAGCAUGUUUUCAGGGUGUCCAUUGCAGCUUUUUCUCUUGCAGGCCUAAUAUGUACGACCAAACACUCCCAGAGGUCGUCCCUACCAUAGACGCCGAACUCUACCAUGAUGAGCCCCUUCCCGCGUAUACUGAGCUCGACGGCCGCAUCAACAUCGAUCUAGAUUCAAAGAUCGCUCGAACUUUGGCUAGCUUCGUCCCAGAACCCCCGGCAUAUGCUCCUCCCGAAAAUUUCUCGAAACCUCAAAUAUCACGAAGGUCAUGGAAGAUCCGCCUCAACAUCGUCAUCCAGGUUGUCGGCUCUAGAGGCGAUGUUCAACCCUUCGUUGCCCUGGGCCAAGAACUACAAUCAUACGGUCAUCGAGUACGAAUAGCAACGCAUGACUGCUUUGCUUCGUUCGUUGGAGGGUCGAAUCUUGAGUUCUUCCCCAUCGGCGGCGAUCCACACGACCUUAUGGCAUACAUGGUCAAGAACCCUGGAUUGAUUCCAUCGAUGAGCUCUCUUCGUGAGGGCGAUGUCCAGCGGAAGCGCGCCAUGGUCGAACAGAUGCUGAGUGGCUGCUGGAAAAGCUGUAUUGAGCCUGCGGCAGGAGAGAGCAGGCCGUUCGUUGCCGACGCCAUCAUCGCUAAUCCGCCGUCAUUUGCACACAUACAUUGCGCUCAAGCACUUGGAAUCCCUCUGCACCUUAUGUUUACUAUGCCCUGGACGUCUACACGGCACUUUCCGCACCCGCUCGCUAAUCUGAACGGAGCUAAGCUGGAUGCCGGUGCUAUGAACUACGUCUCGUAUACGAUUGUGGAGUGGAUGACCUGGCAAGGUCUUGGGGAUGUUGUCAACUCAUUCCGGUCCUCAAUCGAUCUGGAGAGAAUCAACACUACGGUCGGCCCAAAUCUGGCAGAGAUGCUCCAGAUUCCAUUCACGUACUGUUGGUCGCCGGCUCUAGUACCUAAGCCUGCAGAUUGGCCUGGGCAUAUAGAUGUAUGCGGUUUCUUCUUCCGAGAGCCGCCGCAAUACUCUCCGCCCGCCGACAUACACAGGUUCCUUCAGAGCGGACCAAGGCCCAUUUACAUCGGUUUCGGCAGCAUCGUCCUCAAAGACCCUUCCGCAAUGACCAGAUUAAUCCUAGCCGCGGUUCGUAUGUCCGGCACCCGAGCCAUCAUCUCCAAGGGCUGGAGCAAGCUUGGCUCGGACUUGAAUCCUGCAGAGAUCGAUACCGCAAACAUUCUGUUCAUCGACGACUGCCCGCACGAAUGGCUUUUCCAGCAUGUGUCUGUUGUCGUGCACCAUGGUGGCGCUGGUACGACUGCGUGUGGAUUACGCACCGCCUGUCCUACCAUCAUUGUGCCGUUUUUUGGAGACCAGUCAUUCUGGGGCAGCAUGGUAGCAGCCGCAGGCGCCGGCGCACACCCCAUGCACCACAAACUCCUGACCGCAGACAAACUAUGCGACGCUAUCAGAUUCUGCCUACAGCCCACCGUAAUAUCCUCAGUGCAGAAAAUCGCCGCCACGAUGAGCGCCGAGUACGGCGUCCAAACCGCAGCCCAGUCCUUCCACUCCAAUCUACCUUUGGAGUCCUUGCAUUGCGAGCUUCUCGACGACCGCCCAGCGACGUACCUCUACUCAAUUCGCGGGAACAGGAUCAGACUGUGCACCGUUGCCGCGCACAUACUCGUCCAGGGAGGCAGACUCAAAUCCAAGGACUUGAAGCUAUACCACUCCAAGCCCUUCAACAUCACCAACGAGCGCUGGGACCCCCUGACCGGCCUCUCCUCGUCGGGCCUCUCCACCAUCAAAGGUAUAGUCACCGCCACGGGCGACAUGCUCGCCUCGCCGUACACCGCCGUCCAACAGGCCGGCCCCUCCGACUCCGCCGCAAAGACAACAUCAAAAGCAGCAGCCAACUUCGGGAAGAGCUUCGGCAAAUUCAGCGGCCGGUUUCUCCAGGGCGCGGUCGUGGACCUCCCGCUCGCGGUGGCAGACGGUCUGCGCUCGGUGCCGAAACUGUACGGCGAGGAUGUGCAAUCGCACGGCGAAGUCACGGACGCGGCGAGUGGGUUCAUGGUCGGGGGAAGGGGGUUCCUGCAGGGCAUGACGGAUGGGGUGUCUGGGCUGGUCUCGAAACCGAUGCAGGGCCUGAAAGAGGAGGGCGCGCUGGGCUUCGCGAAAGGGACGGGAAAGGGGGUGCUCGGAUUCGCUACCAAGACGUCUUCCGCGGCGAUUGGGAUCGUGGCGUAUCCCGGGCAGGGAAUCACGAAGUCUUUGAUCGCACCUUUCAGGUCGACGACAAGGAAGAGUGUCAUGGCACAGCGGGCGGCGGAAGGCGAGCACAUGGCCAGGACCGAGGGACUGGAGCACUUGGACGUGCUCCGGAGAUUCGACGCGCUGAUGCUACACGGAGGCAGCAGCGGGACAGAUGCGACUUCAGCGUCACCAUACAUCGUCUAGACACUCCCAUCACGCACCUGCUCUCAGCGCCUCCGCCUCACUCCCAUCCGCCGCAGGCCUCCUCUCCGCCAACCUCACCGGCACCCCAAACGCGCUCCCCACACUCUUCACCGCCAUCAACCUCUCCCACCACGCCA